GCCGGAAGCCCGUGAAGUCGCUCUUCCGAAGGCGCGCCCGCCCGCCCGGGUGGAGGCGGGGAGAUUCAGCCUCUCCCGCAGGGACCCAGUGACACCUUUGAGGACUCGGGACCGAACCCGGAGCGACACGUGGCCUCGGGCCGGGCGCCAUGGACGCCUUCACGCGCUUCACCAACCAGACCCAGGGCCGGGACCGACUCUUCAGAGCCACUCAGUACACAUGCAUGUUGCUUAGAUAUUUGUUAGAGCCUAAAGCUGGCAAAGAGAAGGUGGUAAUGAAGCUCAAGAAACUGGAGUCCAGUGUGAGCACUGGCCGUAAAUGGUUCAGACUAGGCAAUGUAGUACAUGCUGUGCAGGCGACUCAGCAGAGCAUUCAUGCCACUGACCUGGUGCCCCGUGUAUGCCUAACGUUAGCCAACGUGAACCGUGUGAUUUAUUUCAUCUGUGAUACCAUCCUCUGGGUGAGGAGCGUAGGGCUUGCCUCUGGCAUUAACAAAGAGAAAUGGCGAAUGUGGGCGGCCCGCCAUUACUACUAUUCUCUCCUGCUGAGCCUGGCCAGGGAUCUGUAUGAAAUUUCCCUGCAGAUGGAAAAGAUUGCACACAACAGAGCAAAGAGGGAGAAGUCACUGUCUCAGGAUCCUCUUGAGUACAACGUGGCCGAUGAGGAAACAGAGUGGCUCCAGUCCUUUCUCCUUCUCUUAUUCCGCUCUCUGAAGAAGCAUCCUCCCUUGUUCCUGGACACAGUGAAGAACUUCUGUGAUAUCUUGAACCCCUUGGACCAGUUGGGGAUCUAUAAGUCCAAUCCUGGCCUUAUUGGACUUGGAGGUCUUGUGUCUUCCAUAGCAGGCAUCAUCAUUGUGGCAUAUCCUCAGAUGAGGCUGAAGAUGCACUGAAGUGGUUUCAGACUGAAGAGACAGCAUCCUUAGGAUGGACAUUUUUGUGAGCCACAGACCAUGCUAUACUGAGCAUAGAGACUCGUUCAUGGGAGCAUUUCAUGACCAGCGAUGUGAGCAGAGGUGGGGCCAAGAAUGGAGAACAGGAGUGCCUGAAAAUUUGUGUUUUUUAGAGAGAUGGAGUGACUUCUGCAUUUCUGAGUAUUUUCUUUUCAUCUAAUACUUAAUCGAGCAUCUGAUAUGCUCAUAGUGGGAGCUUACUAUUUGCUGAGUAGGUGAAAAUUGAAAAAGGCCCAAACAAUUGAACAUUAAUAUACAGUGACCUUUUGGUUGUGUGCCUCACUACUGUAGGUCUGAUACCCAGCCCUCUUUCAGACCUAGUAGAGGCCUCUCAUUCCUCUGACCAGAUACCAACCCCAGCUCUUGCCUCCCCACCCCCCCCCCACUUCUCCAUAGAGGCCCAUGCCAAGACACAGGAGAGCUAGGCUUACGUCCUUUUAUCCUGUGAUUUCUUUGUCCGGAAGUAGAAUCAGAAAUGCAUCAGGUCCCUUCAUGGUGUAAAUGAUGACUGGGUAGUACAGUGAGUAAGCAGAAAUCAGAAGCACAUGGAAAGGACUAGAGUACCUGUAAUAUGGGAGGUUACAACAGGUGCUUGUGGGUAGCCUGUGACAGAUGGACAAAACAGGUUAAAAAAAACAGGCCAGCACCUCAUUCCUCUCACUCCCAAUCCAGUGUUCUUUCCAAAAUAGUUUGUUGCCUUCCUGAUUGAGUGGAAGUGUGAGACUCCAGAAUCCUGUGUGAAAAGCCUUUUUUUAGAACUUUGUUAGUGGUUUAUAUAAAAAAAACUAUCUAGAUUUAUCAACUAGAUUUUUUAUUUAAAGCCAUAUAACAGUUUGGGUACUUGUACAUUAAUUUUCAUCAAAAUUCAUGCAGUUAAGAAAUUUCAUGAAUACUCUGAAUGGAGGAGCAUCACAAUUUUCUGUGAUAAAUCAGGCUUCAUAUGUGUGGGGUGGUUGGGGGAGUGGAAAGAGCAAUUAGGGGCUACUGAGAAGACCGUUUAUUCAUGGUCCUCCUUCCCAUCUUGGGUGUUGAGUUCUUAUUUGUGAUUGCAGAUCCUCCGAUUGGAGGGCGGUGAUAUAGAAAAAUAGGAUGCUGUCAGGUAGGAAGCCAAUGUCAGUCCUAUCAGUAAAGCCAUUUCACUUACCUGAAGGGAAAUGAGAAGAGAAAUGCCACUAAAUAAAUUUCCCGUAAAUGUGAAUGAGAUUCUUAAGAAGUAGACUCAGGUCCUUGGCUCUCUUAUUUUUAAAGUGAUUAGUCAAGAUAACGAGAUUUGAGAAAACACUUGGGGAAUUUUAAGAGGAAUGAAAGCUGCUAGGUCAGGGCAAAUAAAACGUUUUAAGCAAUUAAAUAUUACUUUGUCCAGAUCCUCUACUAUCAAAGGUUAAUUAUGUCUAAUAAAUUUCUAGACAAAAGACA